UGUGCAAACCCGGGAGGACGCUUUCAGGAUGAACCCGUUAACCAAAGUGAAGCUGAUCAAUGAGCUGAAUGAGCGUGAAGCACAGCUUGGAGUGCAGGAUAAGGUCUCCUGGCACGCAGAGUAUAGUGACAGCGCCUGGGUGUUUGUGGGGGGAUUGCCAUAUGAAUUGACUGAAGGGGACAUUAUCUGUGUAUUUUCACAGUAUGGAGAAAUUGUGAAUAUAAACCUGGUACGUGAUAAAAAGACGGGGAAAUCCAAAGGUUUCUGCUUCAUUUGCUAUGAAGAUCAGCGAAGCACUAUUCUUGCAGUUGAUAACUUUAAUGGGAUAAAGAUAAAGGGAAGGACAAUUCGUGUGGAUCAUGUGGCCAACUAUCGCCCACCAAAAGACUCUGAGGACACUGAUGAGGUUACAAAGGCCCUCCGAGAGAAGGGAUGUGGCAUUAAAACCCCUCCUCCAAGUUCAGCUGAAUCCUCAGAAGAUGGUGAAGUGGAAGUAAAAAAGCACAAGAAAGAAAAAAAGAAAAAGAAGAAGAAGAAGAAAGAAAAGCGAGCGCAUCGGAAACAUCUGAAAGAGGAACCUUCUGCAGAUGUGCUUUUUUCCAAAUCCAGGAUUAAAGUGGAAAAGGAGGACCUGGGCUACGAACGCUAUGCUGGUACAAACCGGGAAACCUGGGGCAGCACAUCUGGACACCAGCACCCAAGCAGGAUGCAGCAAGGGCAAGAGCCCAAAUAUGAGAGUAGGAGAGAGCGAUCUCGAGAAAGAGGCACAGAGAGGGACAGACACGAACGCAGAAUGCCCUUCAGCGAGGAGAAGUACAAGAAAACGGAGGCCAUCAAAGAUAGACAGUACGCAGCAGAAAGCAGAAGAUCACGCGAUCGCUCAGAAAACAGAGACAAGCCUUCCCGGGAGAAGUCCUCAAGCCAUUAUUAACUCAACUGCUGUGUUCCCUCCUUGCACGUGAAAAAGGGCCGUUGUAAGUUGUACUGUCAGAACAUUGGCUCUAUGAGAUAGGCAGGGGGAGAAUGCAGCAUGAAACCUUGGAAACGGAGGAGCAAGUUGUGGUCUGUUCUUUGGAGCAGUGGUUUGUCUCUCCAGAAAGGAAAACCGCAAGAAACAAAACAGAGCUGCUCUUUUGCCUCCCAGUUGCAGAUAAUGCCUGAAUUCCAGGUACAGAGCAGCAGUGUGAGCCUUCCAUCCCCCACUUCAAAAGCUAGGCUUAAUAAAUUCACCUUGAACUGUU